ACCAAGACAUCUUGGAACGAUAGCACGAAAACUUGGUCUGUCGAAGUCAAUCGCGGUGGUAAAGAUACUAGGGUUCUGACCGUUAAGCACCUCGUUUUUGCCACUGGAUCUGGCGGUCGCCUGAAUGUUCCCGACAUCCCUGGGAAGGCAAGCUUCAAAGGAUCUGCCAUGCAUUCGUCAGAGUUCAAAUCCGCGGCUGAUCAUAUCGGUAAAAAGCACUCAUAGUCGGCUGUUGCGAUUCUGCACAUGACGUUGCUCAAGAUUUCUGCAGUCACGGCGUCGACAUCACAAUUAUCAACGAUCGUCCACAUUCGUGAUCUCAACAAAGUCAGCGGAAGCACUCUCUCUCUAUAAUGAGGACUUCCCCACUGAGCUGGCUGAUAUUUACAGUACCUCGCUACUUUGGGCAGUUGUUAGGCGGCUGCAUCAACGUAUGGUUCCUAUGGUUGCUGAGACCACAGACAAGGCCAUUCUAGAUGGAUUGGCUAAGAUUGGUUUUAAGACCAAUCUUGGCAUACAUGGAGCAGGUAUUUUGUCCCUUUACCUGGAGCGCAGUGGUGGCUACUACAACGGUUCCGCAAUCGAGUCCUUCACGGAAAACGGCCUUCGAUUUGUUGAUGGCACUGAGCUACAGGCGGACAUAAUAGUAUUUGUUACGGGGCAUGGACUCAUAAUUGCUUACAGUUACGGCGAUCACCGUGAUUUCAUGCGCGAGGUCUGUGGAGAUGAAGUCGCAUCAAAAAUCCCCAGGGUCUGGGGUCUAGACGAUGAAGGGCAAACUGUGGGAAUGUGGAGGUAUUGCGGGCAUGAUGGUCUGUGGUUCGCAAAUGGUAUUUUGCAUCGUUCUUGUUAUGGGCGCGUCAGUUUCAUUUUGAUGAACAGGUGAUUUGGCUCUAUCGCGCUUCCACAGUCUCUGUUUGGCCAUGCAAAUAAAAGCAAUCGAAGAAGGUAUUUUGAAUAAGGCGGAUAUAGUUAUUUGAUGAC